AUGGGUGGAGACUUUAGACAAAUACUUCCAGUUGUAAAGAGAGGUCUACCAGCUGAAGUUGUAGAAUCAUGUACAAAAUGUUCUGAACAUUGGCAGUAUGUGCAAAGUGGAACUUUACCUGUCAAGCCUGAAGAUCCUUUGCGAGGGUGUAUUCAGUGCAGUGCUUUUGUAAAUAAUAACGAAUCUAUUGUCGAAAAGAUUUUUGAUGGCGCAGAGGAAGCUGAUUAUGCUUACCGUGCUAUUUUACCAUCAACAAAUGUUGAUUCAUUAGCAAUAAAUGAAAAAGUCUUUGAUCGUUUACCUGGUGAUACUAAAAUUUACUUAAGUUUAAAUAGCAUUGAAACUGGUGAUCAUAAUGAAAUAUAUUAUUUUCCAGUCCAGUUUUUAAACAGAUUGACUGGAUCAGGUAUGCCUGUUCAUUGCCUAAAAUUGAAAAUUAGUGCUGUUAUAAUUCAACUUAGAAAUUUAGAUCUUAAAGGUGGACUUUGUAAUGGAACACGUUUGAUGGUACCGGCACUGCACAACAAUUAUAUUGAUGGGGAGGUUCUAACAGGGGUAGCAGCUGGAAACAAGAUCUUUGUUCUUCGAGUUCAUUUAGCUCUAUCGGAAUAA